AUGCUGCGCAGCAGGCAGCUGCUGGCGCUCGGCGCCCGGCUGCAAAUGGCGGGCAGCGGCGGCGCGGCGGCGGCGGCGGCGGCAGUCGCCAGCAGCGCCGCUGCCCCCUGGCGCCCCGCCCAGCACCAGCUGCUCUCCCUGCAGACCUGGGCCAGCAGCAGCCUCAGCCCCCCAGCUGCUGGCAGCUCCUUGCAGCACGCGGCAUCCUCAGUGGCGGGCCGAGCAGCCAGCUCUGAGGCCGCAGCGGCGGCCCGGCGCCAUGCGGCGGCGGCGGCAGCCAGCAGGCGUGGGCUGGCCACUGGCGCCGUCGCUCGGCCAGGGCCCGCGCCGCGCGGCACCUCCAAAGCAGGCAGCGGGCGCAGCCUGUGGUCUGGCCUGUUCCUGCUGGCGCCAGGUGCCCUGGCCGCCUUCCUCGGCAAGUGGCAGUGGGACCGACGCCAGUGGAAGGCGGCGCUGCUGGAGCGGCGGCGCGCCAUGAUGCAGGGCGAGCCUGUGGACCUCUUCGCUGCCGAGGAGGAGCCUCCCGAGUAUGUGCGGGUGGCGGCGAAGGGGGUGAUGGAUCACGGCGCCUCCCAGUAUGUAGGGCCCCGCACCCGACAGAUCGCGGGAGUGUCCAAGCAGGGCUUCCUUGUGAUGACGCCUCUGAGGCAGGAAGGCUCGGGGAGGGCUGUGCUGGUCAACCGCGGCUGGGUGCCCGCAGAGUGGAGGGAGGCGGAGGCGGCGCGGCGCGGCGGGCAGCCCGAGGGCAAGGUGCGUGUGGAGGGCCUGCUGCGGCACGGCGAGGACCCAGGCGCUUUUGUGCCGCCCAACGAGCCCGGCAAGGGCAACUGGUACUACAUAAACGUUUCCGAGCUGGCGGCGGCGGCGGGGCUGCCAGCUGAGGCGCCCCUGGUGGAGGUGGUGACGGAGGAUCCGGGCACCUACAUCGGACGGGGGCCGCCCUCGGCCAUGGACGUGGAGGAGCGGUACCCGCUGCCCAAGUCGCUGGACGACCUCAUGCACUUCAGCGUGAUGCCUCAGGACCACUUCAACUAUGCCGCCACAUGGUGGACGCUGUCUGCCGCCACGCUGGCGCUGGCGGUCAAGGCCAUACGGCAGGGGGUCAGGGCGCGGUGA